AUGCUUACUCCGAUGGUUGAUGAUCACGAGCGGAGUCCAGUUGGAGAUGAAUCUAAAAAUCAAUCAGUCGUAUCAUCAUCACAGGCCUCAACCACCACCACCACCACCACUAUCAUUCCAAACAGUUCCACCAUUGGCUCUUCCUCAUUAUCUAUAAAACAAAAUCUCAAAUUCAAGCCUUCUCGGAAAGGUAGAGGCUCAGUGAUCCGAUCAAGAACGACCACAUCAUCAGUUCCGACUUCUACUCACGAUGUAGAAACGAAUAAUCAUAAUAAUAAUCAUAAUAAUACAACUACUGUAAUGAAUGGUGCUAGCAUGAACUCGACAAAUUCAAAUUCCGAUGAAAAUGUUCAAGCCAAUGAUGUACUACAGAUACUUCAAAACAAUAAUACUACUUGUACUUCUAUUACUACUAACAAUAACAACAACAACAAUUAUACACAACUAUCAACCUCUGUACAAAGUAAUUCAAGUCUCGGCGGAACUUCUACUACUAGUACAACCACGUCGAAUCCAAUGUUGGGUGGAAAUAGUGUUAAUAGUACAAGUUUUAUGAAUGGUGUUGGAAUGGAAGGCUCCUCUCCUCUCACACACACACCAAUGACAGUGAACAACAGAGGCAAUUCGUUUUCCGGCCUCACAAAACAUCAACAGAUAGAACUUUCUCCACAGAAUUUUUCAAAACGUUCUGGAAGUGUGGCCACCAGUUCUUUGAGCUCACCAAUCAAGCCUGCUUCUAGUAAAUUAACUUCCAUGAUGCAAUCUCAGUAUGGACCGACAGCGUGUCAGAAACAGUCAUCAUCCACAACAGCUGUCAAUAAUUAUAACAAGAAUGCCAUCCUUGUGACACAAUUUUGUGAGCAAAAAGGUCCCUCUUUUGUGUUUUGUACACAAAUGAUCAACUACAUUCAACGUUUGAAUGAGACUGAAAAAUUUAUUGAGGAACACAAACAACAAUUUUCUCAAAUGACGAAAAGUUCAAUGUUUGACGAUCAACAAAAUUCCUCACAAAAACAAGAGCAACAGCAGCCAGAAACAAAUGAACAAACGAAUAAUAGUAAUACUUCAAGUCGGAGUUACAUGUUGAAUGGAUCAGAGACUAUUCCAUCUCUUGCUUCAAAAGACUUGAUCAUUCAUCUCCAACAAUUUAAUCCUAAUUUAUUUGUGGCAGAAAAUUACUGCUCCACACCCAACUCAAAAACGACAGACUCUUCUCAAGACCACUUUCAACAAUUAAUAAUGCUUUCCUCGAUCGAACAAUUCACAAUGGAUAAGGAAAAUGACCGAAUAUUUGUGAGUUCACAUCAAGAAAAUUCCACAUUUUCUGCACAUUUUAAGUCUCUCGCAAUUCGAAGUACCUCUGCAGAAAUAUCAGUAGGCCAAGGAAGAGAAGGUCCCGUUUUGUUCGGAGAUGAAAUUAAUGGCUACAAUUUUGCAUACAUUUUCAAAGUGAAAGACAGUAUGGCAAGAGGUUUUGCUCGGUGGUUUGCUUUUGUUUUGAUGGAUCCUUCCAUGACACUUUUGUCCAUCUGUUGGCCCUUUCUCAAAACUGCAUUUGGAAAAAUUGUAAAAUUAAUUCGUACACGAUCACAACAAAUAUUUCUGGAGGAAAAGGAAAAACAAAAACGAUCUGGCUCUUCCAAUGCACUCAAUGAAGAAGGAAAUAAUGUGGAAGAUCAUGGAUAUAAGUUUUUCCAUGCUGGAGGUCCACUCUCUGCAGAUUUAUUUCGACAAAAACGUUCUAAAGGCCCAAUGCGAGAUUUACCAAUUCUAUUGAAUUACCCAAAUUUUUAUUCGGAUUUACAUUCUUGCUUCGCUGGACUGCUGCAGUCAUUCCAGAACAAAAUUUCAGAGGUUCAAAUUCCAAACUUUCCCUAUGAAAAGAUUGACAUGCAAAAUUUUCAAACACUACACAAAGUGUCGUCGUAUACGCAAAUGCAACGAAUUGAGUCGUUUUCAAGUAUUGUGAGCGAAGUGAGCGAAUGGGACUAUUCAAGUGGAUUUAACACUCUCUCUGAUUUUUCCAAACUCAUUCAUCAAUGUAUUUUAACAAAACUCUCUCUAGAUGGUAGCAAUAACAAUUUGGAUCAUGUCACACAUGGAAUUGACUUGAUUGAUUCAGAUGACUUAAUAGAGGAGGCGUAUCAUCAAAGCGAAGAACUAAUUCGUACAAUUAUAUACAAUGUAAUUAUUGGAAACCAAUUGAUUGUGAGAGGCGACGAUCCUCAAUUAAGAAAUGAAAUUUGUUUGCUAUUUAAGAAGUUAGUGCCUUCCCACUGUGCCAAGGUCAUUCUCGAUAGCGAAACAUACAAAUAUCCCUACGAUGCAAAUUUUUUAACCGUUCCAACCAGCGUCCAAAUUUCUAAUAGUAUUGUGGAUUUCAAAUUUGUGAUUUUAAUGAAUUUGACAGGAUCACUGGCAUCCUUAGAGAACAUUACAAUUCAUACCGAAGAGGAACGAAAAGACACAACACUAGGCAAAGAAUUCGAAUUGUUAUUCUUUCAAAAUUUUUAUCAACAAGUUCAACAACAACAUGCAUGCUUUAAUGUGACUUUGAGUCAUAUUUUAGAUAUGGAACAGCAUUUGAUACAGAGUUUAGUCCAUGAUUGGACCAGAAAGGCAAGAUUUUUCGUUUACUUUCAAAAGAAUAAGCUUCUUCUCAAAGAAGGGCAUCAACAUGCAAAACCAUUGCACAUUGAAAACUUUUUGAAUGAACACAAAUUUAAUGAGAAUGACAUUCCUGUAUUGCGAUACUUUUCCAACUCGUACCAUCCCUAA